ACAUCCACGCAGCAGCUGCCAGCUAUAAAUUUCCACGCUCGGCCACAGCGCUUUUCAGUGGCGUAAGUGCUUUGGUGCAGCCGGGAACAGCUGGGGGGGCCCCAACAUGGCUUCGGACCACCAAGCUUCCAAACAUCAGCAGGCGGGCUCCAAGAUUGUCAUCUUCGAACAGGAAAACUUCCAGGGCCGCUGCCAUGAACUGACUGCUGCCUGCACCAAUUUGAAGGAGGCCGGUUGGGAGAAAGUCGGUUCCAUCUUGGUGCACUCUGGCCCGUGGGUGGGCUAUGAGCAGCCCAGUUGGAAAGGGGAGCAGUUUGUCUUCGAGAAAGGAGAAUAUCCCCGCUGGGAUUCCUGGACUAACAGCCGGAGGAGCGACAACAUCUCUGCCCUGAGACCCAUCAAAGUGGACAGCCAGGAGCAUAAGAUUGUCCUGUAUGAGAACCCCAGCUUCACUGGGAAGAAGAUCGAGAUAAUUGAUGAUGAUGUGCCCAGCUUCCAUGCCCACGGCUACCAGGAGAGGGUCUCCUCUGUGCGGGUGCAGAGUGGCACGUGGGUAGGGUACCAGUAUCCUGGCUAUCGAGGCUACCAGUACCUGCUUGAGAAAGGUGACUACAAGGACAGUGCCGACUUUGGGGCUCAGCACCCCCAGAUCCAGUCUGUGCGGCGCAUCCGGGACAUGCAGUGGCACCAGCGGGGGGCCUUUCACCCCUCCUGCUAAACCCUCCCCCUCCCCGUCUGCCUCAGGCUGAAGGGGGAUGGGAGGGGGCCAAGGGGGCCACCAGACGUCUCGGGCCUGUUGCCUCCAGCCUCUGCCAGGGCUCACUCUCUGAGCACACAGGGCUGUGUGAGUCCCGCCUUUGCUACUGCUGCCAACUGGUUGAAUAAAGCUUUGCCAUUCGAA